UGGCCACCCCUGAGAGGCCUAGACCUGCAGCUACAGGGGCCAGACCAAGCCUAGAGUGCAGACACAGGACAGAGGCUCCUGCCCGCUCUGUAGCUGUAACAACAGUAGUGGAUCUGCAGGGUUGUGGUGAAGAAUGGGAAUCAAAAUAGCGGCCACCUGCAGGAAAGAUUUACAGUAUGCCUCCUGCAAACUGGGAUCUUAGGACCCCAAAAAAGCAGAGCUGCCCUCCCCUCAACCAACACACUGCCUCAGGAGAGGGACAUUCCAACACCAGGCAGAUCCAGGCUACAAUGGGCAGUCCAGUGCACCGAGUGUCACUGGGGGACACCUGGAGCAAGCAAGUGCACCCUGACAUACAGAGCGAGAGGCACAUGCAGUCCUUUGACGUGGAACAGCUCACCAAAAUCCUUGACGGAGGUGCCCAGAACACUGCACUUCGCAGGAAAGUUGAAAGCAUCAUCCACAGUGACCCAGUGUUUAGCCUGAAGGAUAAUUAUUUCAUGACCCAGAAUGAACACUACGAAGCCGCCUUAAAGAAGAAAUUCCACAUUCAGAUGUUAGCACAGCGCCUGGGCUGGUCGGAAGACAGUCAUGAGUUAGGAUACGCUUACAGAAGCCUUUCUGGAGAUCUGGCCUUAGGUGUACACAACAUCUUCCUGAAAUCCAUCAGGAGCCUGGGCUCAGAGGAGCAGAUUGCCAAGUGGGCCCCACUCUGCAACAAGUUCCAGAUCAUUGGAACAUAUGCCCAGACAGAACUGGGGCACGGGACAUAUCUUCAGGGACUGGAGACUGAAGCCACCUACGAUGCAGCUACCCAGGAGUUUGUGGUGCACAGUCCCACAACGACGGCCAUCAAAUGGUGGCCCGGUGGCCUGGGAUGGUCAGCCACCCAUGCCCUGGUCCAGGCCCAGCUGAUCUGCUCAGGAGCCCGGCAGGGCAUGCAUGCCUUUAUAGUGCCCAUCCGGAGCCUCCAGGACCACAGCGCACUGCCAGGAAUCACCGUUGGAGACAUUGGGCCCAAGAUGGAAUUUGACCACAUGGAUAAUGGCUUCUUGCAACUGGACCACGUGCGGAUCCCCAGGGAGAACAUGCUGAGUCGCUUUGCACAGGUCUUGCCAGACGGCACCUACAUCAAGCUUGGAACAGCAAAGGCCAACUACCUCACCAUGGUGGUGACGCGGGUGGACAUACUGUUGGGCGAGGUCAUACCGAUGCUAGAAAAGGCUUGCGUCAUUGCCAUCCGCUACUCGGUUGUACGCCGCCAAUUCCGGAUCCGGCCCAGCGACCCGGAGGCUAAAAUCCUGGACUACCAGACGCAGCAGCAGAAGCUCCUCCCUCAGCUGGCCACGGCCUAUGCGUUCCACUUCCUGGCGAGCAGCCUCCUGGAGUUCUUCCAUCGCUCCUACAGCUCCAUUUUGGACAAAGACUUCAGCCUCCUGCCUGAGCUUCACGCACUGAGCGCAGGUGCCAAGGCCAUGGUGACGGACUUCUGCGCCCAGGGGGCGGAGCUGUGCCGCAGGGCCUGCGGUGGACACGGCUACUCGAAGCUGAGCGGCCUGCCCUCCCUGGUCACCAGGGUGGCAGCCUCCUGCACCUACGAGGGUGAGAACACUGUGCUCUACCUGCAGACGGCCAGGUUUCUGGUGAAGAUCUACCUGCAGGCUCAGGAGUCCCCAGGCUCCACAUCUCAGAGGUCUCUCCCUCAGUCUGUUGCAUACCUGACUGCACCUGACCAGACCAGGUGCCCAGCCCAAAGGGCUGCCGACUUCCUCCACCCAGAGCACUACACCAUGGCCUGGGCACACGUGGCAACCAGGCUCAUAAAGGACUCAGCGCAUCAUUUACAGACUCUGAUGAAAUCUGGGGCGGACUGGCACGAGGCAUGGAACCAGACCACUGUCAUACAUCUCCAGGCUGCCAAGGCACACUGCUACUAUGUCACUGUGAAGACUUUUACAGAAGCUCUGGAGAAACUAGAAAGUGAACCAGCAAUUCAGCAGGUGCUCAAACGCCUCUGUGAUCUCUAUGCUUUACAUGGCAUCCUGACUAACACGGGCGACUUUCUCUAUGAUGGCUUCCUAUCUGGUGCCCAAAUAGAUGUGGCAAGAACAGCCUAUCUGGACCUGCUCAUCCUCAUCCGGAAGGAUGCUAUCUUGUUAACUGAUGCUUUUGACUUCACCGAUCAGUGUUUAAAUUCAGCACUUGGCUGUUACGAUGGAAAUGUCUAUGAACGUCUGUUCCACUGGGCUCAGAAGGCACCAACCAAUACCCAGGGGAACCCGGCCUAUGAGAAAUAUCUAAGACCACUAUUACAGAGAUGGAGAUCCAGGCUAUGAAAUAAUCAAGCAUUCAACAGGCACCACUGCGUGAUAAUGGUAACUACUCAUCAAUUUGAAGUAGGAGACAAUUUUCUAAAAAGAUAACCUCAUCCUAGCACAUUUACUGAAACCACAGCAACCUGCCAAUAACAUAAAGGAAUUUUAGUUUGAAGAUGGUGAAUCCUUCCUCUGAGUAACUUCCAAGAAAUAGAAUCAAAUGAACUAUGCAAAGUAAGACUAUUGUGAAAUAAAUAAAAGUACACCACAUCCCAACUGUUCCAGAUCCUUCACUCACUGCAGUUUUCUUCUCCUCAGAAAUAAACUUAACUUCAAUGAUAAAA